GGACGGGGGUAUGAUCGAUUGAUCGUCGAUGGUGUUGGUUAGGUGCUACCAAGCAUGCGCAAACCGUCACAUGCUGGCAGUAUCGAUAUCGGCGGAAUCAUCAUGUCGGCAGCUGUCUUUCCUAGACAAAUGAUUUAUAGUAUAUCUGCACAUCAGUGACCAUUUUCAGGGUCAUGUUCCCACCCAGGUACGGGUCACCCAUGGGGUACUUAAAGAAUCAUUCAUCACUCGACUACAUCAUGAUUCGUGACUUACAACGAGUUCCCUCCAAUCUUUCUUUGUACCCCAUCAACCAUGCUAAAGCUACCUGACCUGCACAUCGCCGACAACACGCAGCUCGUCCCCAGUGCUGCAGUUUGUCUCCUUGUCGUAGGAAUAAUUGCUCGGGCGUUCCUUGCUAAAUCAGAGAGCGGUCUUCCUCUCCCACCUUCCCCUCCCACUUGGAGACUUAAGGGGCACUUUCUGCCGCAAUAUUUCCCGUCUCUCACUAUAGCGGGAUGGAUUGAAAAAUACGGUCCUGUGGUCACCAUUCGGUCAGGAUUCGAGAGGGUCGUUUUGAUCGGCCGUUACAAAGCUGCCGUGGAUAUUAUGGAGAACCAGGGGAAGUUCACAGCUGACCGUCCUCGCAAUAUUGCUGGUGGAGAAAUAUUUAAUGGCGGAAUGAGUAUAGUCUUUUCACCAUUGGGGGACAGGUUCCGUCGGAUGCGUAGAGCACUUCAUUCGCAUCUGCAGCCUAAAGCAGCUGAAGUGUAUCAGCCCCUGCAGAUGUCACACGCAAGCAACACAGUUCUCGGCAUUCUCGAUGAUCCACACAACUUCCAGAACCACGUGACAACUUAUGCGGCAACAACAAUCAUGAAGGUUGCAUAUGGCAAGACUGCCCCUACAUCUGCGACCGAUCCCGAUGUUGUUGCACUUCGUCGACGCAUUCGGUUCUCUCAGAGGGCAAUGAUCCUGUAUCCUGGCGCUUACCUAGUGAACGCGAUCCCGUGGCUCAAAUAUCUUCCUUGGUAUGCACGAGACUUGAAACAAGAGUUUGAGAAGGAAAAGAAACACAACAUUGGUCGGCUGAACCUCGUGAAAGAGAAAAUGCAGAAGGACGUGGACAUUGGCCCUUCGUUCAUGAGAUAUAUGCUAGAAAAUGACCAUAUCUAUGGUUUGACAGAGACAGAGAUGGCCUUUCUUAGUGGUACCUUCUUUGCGGCUGGUUCCAGCACGACUUUUCUGGCAAUAUGCGCGGUACUCUUGGCAGCCGCACGUUUCCCUGAGGAGCAAGCUAAAGUUCAGGCUGAACUCGAUGCGGUCAUCGGAAGGCGCCAAGCACCAACAUUCGCCGACCAAGAAUCCCUUCCUCGCCUGCAAGCAUUCAUCUCUGAGGCUUUGAGAUGGAGACCACCCGUGCCUAAUGGUGCAUUGGCUCACCGAACAACUCACGACGUCGUAUGGGAAAAUUAUUGCAUUCCAGCCGGGACCACAUUGCACGCCGACCUUUGGUCGAUCUCUCGAGAUCCUGACGUCUACCCGGAGCCUGAAGAAUUCAAGCCUCAGCGUUGGAUUGACGAUCAAGGUCGCCUGAGCGAUGAUUUGAAAUUCUUCGUCUAUGGCUUUGGCCGGCGCGUAUGUCCCGGUCAACAUGUCGCGAACAGAUCGGUGUUUAUCAACUCGCUCCUCAUCUUAUGGGCCUUCCGGCUCACUCUGGAUCCCACGAAGCCGUUGAAUGACAUAGGAUUCAUGCUUGGGGCGGUAUCAGAUACCCCUCCGUGCCCAAUUGAGUUUGAGACUAGGAUUCCGGAAUCGGAGCUCAGGCGCCUGAUGCAGCAUUAUCCAUGAAAGAAUUUGAUGCCUGGAUGGGUCAGGAAGAGACGAAGGACCGGUUACCAACGAAUAAACAAUAUCGGUGCGAGAAGGGCGGACUGGUGGGGUACGCCUCACGCCAGGGCAUUUGCGCACUCAGAGAUGCGAUCGGC